AUGGUGAAAGUUGGCAUCGUGGAGCAGUCUUCUGCAACAUCAGGUGAGACAUUAGUUGUGGACAAUGUACCUAUGCUAUUGCAUGUACUUUCAUGUCCUCAGGGAGAAUUAAUUUCAUGGGGAUUCUGUAGUUGUACAUGUUUAAUCUAUGAUAUACAGUGUGCUGAACUAUUAUCUCUCUGUAUAUUAUCAGGUGACUCUGACGAUGCAGCCCCCAUGGGGAUGGUUUUCCUCUCCUCCACCCCUCCUCAGGUGUCCCCCGCCCUGAAGGAAGCCUCCCCCACCCCUCCCUCCUCCCCCUCCGUCAACACAAGCUUCAGUUUAUACAGGUACAGGUCCACCCACAGAAUUGAAUAGAAAAAAGAAAUUAAAAAUAUAUAAAUAUGUAAUGAAACAGUAAAAUAUUUUAUUUAAUGAAAUGGAAUAGAAUGAAAUGAAAAAUAGUAUUAUAAAUUUGUCUAUGGACACAGCUACUGGUAGAGGUGUAAAGAGGAUAACCGCCUGGGGGGAAAAUGACCAAAUAUGGCAAAUUAUGGUUUCAUAUAUUGUACAUUUAACUGAUCUUAUUGUCUGUUUCUACAUAUCAAUGUGUUCCUGAUUCUCUUCCUCCCUCUGUGGUGUGAUGUCUGCUGGGUGUUGUAGUUCUCCCCAGCGGGAGCUGAUGGGACUACAGGUCGACUACUGGGUGGCUCCCUGCCCGGCUGACAGGAAGAGAGACGUGGAGAAGAGGGACUCCUCCUCCUCCUCCUCUAAGAACACUCUGAAGUGUAGGUUCCGCUCGCUGCAGGUCGGCAGGCUCCCCCAGGCAGGGGCCCAGCCACAGCCCACCAUGUCCAUGACCGUCGUCAUGAAGGAGAAGAACAAGAAGGGUAAGGAUUUGUACUGACCGAACCAGUGGAGGCUCCUCAGAGGAGAAAAGGGGAGGACCGUCCUCCUCAGUGAAAUUUCAUAAGAAUAGUGAAACAAUAAAAAAGUUAUCCUUUUAAGAUAAAACUAUACUAAAUAUAUUCACGCCACCAAAUAAUUGAUUAAAACACACUGUUUUGCAAUGAAGGUCUACAGUAGCCUCAACAGUGUGGCGAGUAGUUGACUCAAAGAGAGACAGACAAUAGUUGAACAUUAAAAAAAAAAUAUAUAUAUAUAUAUUAAGAAGCAAGAUAGAGCUAGCUAUUUUUUGUAGUAUUUUUUUUCCACUUUCACUUACCUACUCAAACACCUGGCUCAAGCAGACAGGGAUGCUAUGUUCGCUAGCUAGCUGGCUAUCCAACACUGGAACUCUUCCAAGGUAAGCUUUAGGUUUUAUUAAUUUAUUGCCACCGGAGCCCGCCGGUGCUUGCUGUACACCGGGCCCGCUAAACUACUUGCUGUACACUGUCGGGUUUAUUAACAUGUUAGUUCUUGUAGCUAGCUAUGUUGACUAUAAACGCGUUAGCUAAUAUGGUGACAACGAUGUAGGGUGUGUGUAGGGGUGAGCGAUUAUGGUAUGAAGGUUUGGCUUGGAAAGGUUUUUUUUCCGACCUGGUCACAGAAAACUGUUGUAUUGUGCACUGAAGUCCACCAGCGAAUGGGAAAAGGUGAGAGGAGGAGAGCACGUAGAUGCGAGAAGGAAUUAUACAACGAGCAAAUGAUCAUGCUGUUUGUAUGUGGCUGCUAUGAAAGUGAACUGUGUUUGCGCGUGAUCAGGGGUGUAUUCAUCUCACCGAUUCUAUUUAAAAGCAAAACGGGGAUAAACAUACCUGAAUUCGUCCAAUAGAAACUCUUGUUUGCAACUUUUGGACUAAUGAUUACACCCUAGAUCAGCUAGAUGCAGGAAAGAUUCUCGACCUGUGCACCUACGUUGUAAACUUUCAUUCAUAGGCUAGGUAGUAGCAACCUCAUGAUGGGUAUAGGGAGAAUUCGAGUAUCAUGUAGCCUAAACCUAUCGAUGUUACAUUGAGCUGGGUGAAUGGAAUAUGAAUGACAGUCAUCCAAUAUGCUGUUGUAAUAGAAGUCAAUGCUUAUAUAUUUUUUUUUUGAAAGUCCUCCCCUCAUCUUAAACGGCACCGACCGCCACUGGACCGUACUGUAGGUAACAGAGAGAGAGAGUCCCGCCAAAUACAAAUGUAUACAUUUGUUUCCUUUCAAAAUACUGUAUAUAUUUCUUACCUUGAAAGCAGUAUGUGGACAAGGAAUUACUUUCAUAUGCAUGCUGUGGUUUUGUCAAACAAGUACAACUUCAGUUUUCGCUCAAAAAAGACGGUAGUUGAUCGUCGCGGUUAGCACUCGCAUCUCAAGUUAGGAAUCUGCCAUUAUUAACUAUUCUGUUCCCUGUUUCCAGUCAUGUUCCUGCCAAAGAAGACGAAAGACAAGGAUGUGGAGUCCAAGAGCCAGGUGAUCGAGGGCAUCAGUCGACUGAUCUGCACUGCCAAGCACCAGCAGACCAUGCUGAGGGGUAAGACUCCUUCCCACCUCCUAGGGUUGCAAAAUUCCAGUGACUUUCCCAGGUUUUCCAGAAAUCCUGGUUGGAAGAUUCCUAAUGUCAGGAGGGAGUAAGCAGGAAAUCCAGGAAUCCUCAAAUCUGAGAUUUUUUGGAAUUUUGGGGAAAGUUACCGGAAUUUUGCAACCCUCCUACCUCCAUGUUGUGUCCUCAUUUCACCCUCCAUAGAGUAGGGGUCUGCAACUGGUGGUCCACGGGCCAAAUCUGGCCCCUAGUAUUAGUGAGUCUGGUAUUACAUGGAUUAUGAAGAACUAGUAAUUCAACAAGUAAAGUUUUUUUUGUUUUAAUUCUCUCUUUUCUUCCAGUGCUGAUUGACGGCGUGGAGUGGAAUGAUGUCAAGUUUUUCCAGUUGGCGGCACAGUGGUCGUCACACGUCAAACAUUUCCCCAUCGGGAUCUUUGGACACACUAAAGGGCCUUACUAG